AUGCAAUCGAAGAAGGUUUGGACCUGGACUGCAACACGUCUUGAUCCUAUCGUGUCGUACCAGUUGGCAGAACGAAGAGAAGAAGUGGAAGAAGGAGGAGUUCAGGUGGACAGUGGUAGUUUGGUAGCGGCAGCCAACAUGGUUGACGAUGGCAAUGCUGGAAUCGAAGUGAAAGAUGGACGGCUGGCAGAUGCGUUGAAAGCCAGAAUUCUACUGAUGGUCGGUGGUGUUGUGGGUCUUCAUAAACUGUAUCUCGAGCAAGUCCCAGAGGCGUUUGUUUACAUAUCCACUGGUGGUGUGUUUUUACUAGGUACGCUCUACGAUAGCUUUUACAUAGGUAAGCAAGUCGACUUCUAUAAUAUGCUUAAACUAGGAGAAGAUGAAGAGUUAAAGAAAUACAGGAAUGGCAAACUAAUGACUAAUCUUUCGCGUAUGGUGCCCUUCUCCAUACCGAGAUUUCUAGCAUCGGUUGGUUACGCAGUAUGGCUUGGGUUUCUAUGCUGGACUGCUGGCAGCGUCACAUUUGGCAGAUCUGCCAGUGACAGCCUUCUUAUGGUAUCUGCACUUGCAGCGGCUGUCACUGCUGGUGAGGAACUCUAUUCGUCUUUCUUUUAG